AUGUCACGACCAAAGAAUCAAAAUUUCAAGCCCCAUGGGUUUCCAAAGGGAAAAGAACGGGAGCAGAGAGCAUUGAUCCGCUUCAAGACUACCCUUGUGAACACUCUCAUGGACGUCCUUCGCCACAGGCCAGGAUGGGUGGAAGUGAAGGAUGAAGGGGAUUGGGACUUCUACUGGUGUGACGUGAGCUGGCUCCGGGAGAACUUUGACCACACCUACAUGGACGAGCACGUGAGGAUCAGUCACUUCCGAAACCACUACGAGCUCACCCGCAAGAACUACAUGGUGAAGAACCUGAAGCGGUUCCGGAAACAGCUGGAGCGAGACAUGGGGAAGCUGGAAGCAGCCAAGUGCGACUUCUUCCCCAAAACCUUUGAGAUGCCAUGUGAAUACCACCUGUUUGUGGAGGAGUUCCGCAAAAACCCUGGCAUCACCUGGAUCAUGAAGCCUGUCGCCCGAUCUCAGGGGAAGGGCAUCUUCCUCUUCCGGCGCCUGAAGGACAUCAUCGACUGGAGGAAGGACACAAGAGGCUCCGAUGACCAGAAGGAGGAGAUUCCCGUGGAGAACUAUGUAGCCCAGCGUUACAUUGAAAAUCCCUACCUGAUAGGAGGCCGCAAGUUCGAUCUGCGAGUCUAUGUGCUGGUCAUUUCGUACAUCCCGCUGCGGGCUUGGCUCUACCGAGACGGCUUUGCUCGAUUCUCCAACACCCGCUUCACGCUGAGCAGCAUCGAUGACCAGUACGUUCACCUCACCAAUGUUGCUGUGCAGAAGACAUCUCCCGACUACCAUCCAGAGAAGGGAUGCAAAUGGAUGCUCCAGCACUUCCGACAGUACCUGGCGUCCAAGCACGGGCCCCAGGCGGUGGAGACACUCUUCAGCGACAUGGACAAUAUCUUUGUCAAGAGCCUGCAAAGCGUGCAGAAGGUGAUCAUCAGCGACAAGCACUGCUUCGAGCUUUAUGGAUACGACAUCCUCAUUGACCAGGACCUCAAGCCGUGGCUCCUGGAGGUCAAUGCAUCUCCAUCUCUGACAGCCAGCAGCCAGGAGGACUAUGAGCUGAAGACCUGCCUUUUGGAAGACACCCUGCACGUGGUGGACAUGGAGGCCAGGCUCACAGGAAGGGAGAAGCGAGUCGGCGGCUUUGACCUCAUGUGGAACGACGGUCCUGUCAGCCGAGAGGAGGGGAUUCCUGACUUGCCGGGGGUGGGGAACUUUGUGGCCAACACACACCUGGGUUGCAUCAAUGAUCGGAAAAACCAGCUGAGGCAGCUGUUCCACUCCCUGCAAGGCCAAAAGAAAGCCUCCAGCUGA